AUGCUGCACUGUGACGAUUCGACUUCCGCUGGGAGUGUUGAUAAGACCUAUGCGAGGUCGAAACUGCUGUCCAAUCUGCAUCGGCCAAUUGGCAAGCGGGUAGGCAGAAUUUAUGUCCGGAGCCCUGCAUCUUGUACCGGUGGUGGAGAUGAGUAUGCUUCAAUAAGCGCACUGUCUUCAUUUGUCACUUUAAUGAGUCGUAAAUCUGUGCCAACGAUGACGCCCCUCACUGACGCUGCCGGCGAAACGUUUGGGUAUGUACCAAGUUAA